AUGGACGCGGGUCCCACGUUAUUCGUGGCGCCUGCGAAGCUCUCUCGCUCGGGUUCUUUUUCUCUCUUGUCUUCGCCGCGGAUGUAUCCUUCGGCUCGCGCUGCGCCGUCCGUUACCUCCUCCGCGCCCGAGCUGCCCUUUGCCUCGCGGGCGGCCUCGUUCUUCUUGCGGGUCUCCGCCUGGCCGCCGCGCCCCGGGCUCUUCUGUCUCUUCUCGCUCUUCGUCACGCUCCUGCUCCUCGCCAGAGCCUGGCGGCUGACACGUUUGCUUCCGCCACCGAGCUUCGCGCGGCCUCGCGAAGCCGACCUCUCGCUCGUCCGCACGGGUUCCGUGACAGACGCGCACGAGAAGGCCAAAGGUGAGAGAAACGAGGAAAUCGCCAUUCGCAGCCGAUGGACAGCCAGCAGACGUGCCGAAGACCGCGACGAGGAGGUGCGGCAGAAUCCGCAUUCAUACGCCGCAGACUCUAACGCGGAGACGGCGAGCCUGGCUUCGAAUGCGAAGCAGGGCGGGCAAAGCGAGCGAUGGCCUCAGUCAGAAACACUGCUAAGGGGCGGCCGACGCCGAGGCGCGGAGUCCGCGGUUGCCGCGGCGGAGCCGGAGAGAGAGACGCGCGCGCCUUCAGCGGGACGCGACGAAGGCUUCCGCCAUGAUGGAGCGUCGGCGCCUGUUGCAGAGGAGAGCGCGGCGCGUCCCGCAGCGGUCUGCGGCGCGUCUGCGGCGACUCCGUGUUCGGUGAUUUUCAUGGCCGACCUCGACGUCGAGAGCCGCGUGGAGGCGGCUGACGGCGAGGGUCUGGCGCGGCCUGGGGAGCUCCUUUUCAAGAGCUACGCGCUGCGCGCGGAGCUCUACAGGCAUCCGCCGAUUCCUGCGGCGGCUUCGGGCGAAUCAGACGGCGCGCCCGCUGCUCCGGCAGCGGAGGCGCGGCGGACGGAGGAGGUAUCGCAGGCGCCGUUUCACUUUGCAUUCGACGCGCGCGGGCACGACGUGCUGUAUGGCAGACACAACGAAGGCGGCCGAGGGCUGGAGCUGUCGGAGCUCGUCGCGUUCAACGGCGAGCUGCUCACCUUCGACGACCGGACUGGGAUCGUCUACAGCUUCCGCCCCUCCGAGAGGAGUCUGAUCGCCAAGUGGCUGCUGGUGGAAGGCGACGGCCGCUCCAGCGCAAAGGGCAUGAAGAUCGAGUGGGCCACCGUCAAGGGAAACCAACUCUUCGUGGGUUCCUUCGGCAAAGAAUACACAGACAAUCACGGCAACAUCCUCCACCGGCACAACACGUGGGUUGUGAUCAUCGACGAGCGCGGCGGGAUCUCGAGGCAGAACUGGGAUGAUCACUACCAGGCCAUGAAAAAGGCGCUGGGCGUUACCUAUUCGGGUUACGUGAUUCACGAGGCGAUCAACUGGAGCGAUGCGCUGAAUCGAUGGGUUGUCCUCCCGCGCCGCGUGAGUCACGAGCAGUACCACGAAGUCCAGGACGAGCACCGCGGGAGCAACAAACUUCUGCUGUGCAGCGAUGACUUCAGCGAGAUUGACGUUGUCGACAUCCAGACGCCGCCGCCGCUCGAUCCGCGGAAAGGGUUUUCGUCGUUCAAAUUCGUCCCUGGAACGGGCGACAAGGUGAUUUUGGCGGUGAAGUCGCUCGAGGAUUCCGUCGAGCACCUUCAGAAGUCCUUCGUGACGAUUUUCGACAUCACGGGGAAGGUCCUGCUUCCCGACCUGCCGUUCCCCCACGACAGCAAAUACGAAGGCGUCGCGUUUCUCUGA